AUGGAACUCCUCGCAUCCACUUCAUCCGCAUCCGACAACCCCCAUCGCACGCAACCCUUAACCGAGCGCGUAAUCCGAGCCCUCCACCCCCGGCUCCGCCUCCUCCACAGGUCAGAUUCCAUGUUCUUCAUAUUAGGUUCAACAGGAAAUGUCUACACCGUGAACUUAGGUGCCACCCCAUCAUGUACUUGCCCUGAUCGGAAUUAUCGGAUGACUCCUUGCAAGCACAUUCUAUUCGUUCUAAUCCGCGCGUUGGGUGUUCCACUCGACGAUUCUUGCCUCUGGAGGAGGACUCUUCGGCCAUGCCAACUAAAUCGCCUAUUGAGUUUGCCUACAUUAACUGGAGCCUUAGCCAGCGCCACCCUAUGUGAGAAAUUUCACCGGCUAUUUUUUAAGGCCCGCCCGAGCGAUUCACGGCCACCAGUGGUGGUGGAAGAUGGGAGUAUUUGUCCAGUUUGUUUGGAAGAAAUGGGAAAAGAAGAUAAGAUGGUGGCUUGUGGGACUUGCAGAAAUAUAAUUCAUGAGGAGUGUUUCUUGGCAUGGAAGAGAAGUUGCGGCCGGAGAAAACCCGCCACCUGCGUGCUCUGCCGUGCGCGGUGGAGAGAGGGAGCAAAUCAAGAAAAGUAUUUGAAUCUCUCAGCUUAUGUUACUGAAGAUGACAUGGUGGAGGGUGAUGACCACUGCAGUUGA